AAACUAGCCUCGGUAAACUGGUGGUAAUAUUUCACUAUCGUACAGAACAUUAGUUAUGCAGUAAUAGAAGGCUGCAGGCGCGUAACGGUCUUUACCGCGCGUAAAUCCGGUUUAUAAAUAAAAUUUAAUUAAACCAUAUUAGGGCAUAACGUUUUUAUUGUAAAUAUAUUUUUAUCGAUCAAAACGAAACGCAAUAUAUUUUUUUAAUUUCCGUCGUGAGUGCAAUACGGAAAAAGUGCUAUUUGAAAAAAAAUAGAUUUUGACAUUGACAGGUCUAACAAAAUGAAAAUAUUUACGUGACGUGACGUCCGGAUUUAAAAAUUUAUCGUAUUUUUUGAUGAAACUAAAUAAAUAUUAUUGCUAUGUGAAACACAUUAAAUAAUGUGACAAAAAAUCAAUGGUGCUGUGUAAAAUAAGGAUUCCUAAAUAGAUUGAAAUGGAUGAAAGUAUGCCCUAACUACAUAUAAAUAAGAAACAAAAUAGCAUAGCAACAAUGUGAGACACAAAAUAUAUAGAAUUUAGGGCCAGUAUUAGAUAUUUAAGUAUGAAGUUUAGUCGCACAUUUAUUUAAGAUUCGAAAACUACGAAACGAACACUGACGAUACUUGAUGGUUUACAUGGACGAUAUUGAGGGCGCGGGGCGCCGAGGCGUCAUGCUGCCAACAUCUAUGGAGGCCUGCCCGCCACCGAUUCAGCUGGAACCUGUGGACCUGAGUCUCAAACGACCGGCCACGCCCAGGAGACGAACGAGAUCUAGUAACGCAUACGAAACAUCAUCGAAAACAGACAUAAAAGAUGAAUCUUUUAAUUUAUCAUAUGGGUCAAAUCACGAAAUGACUAGAAUCAAACUCGGACCUGACCUCCGCAGCGCAAGGAAAAUAAAGACACCGAUACAUAAAUACAAACCAGAGCGGGAGCCGCAAAUGCGCGCCAAUACGUCACUGCAACUGUCAAACGAAACGUCACUAUUGCCGCCAUUACUACAGUUCCCGCUGCCACAGAUAAACCAGAACAUUUCGAAUUUGGAACUUAAAAGUUUCCUCUUAAAUACAGCGCUACAAAACGCAUUAACUGACUCGUUGAAUCAAUACACGCAGAGUGCAUUUACGAAGACCGUUUCGGAGGAGAAAGAGUUUGAUGAUAAGAAGCGGCGGUUGCAUAAAUGCGAUGUGUUAGGGUGUAGUAAAGUGUACACGAAGAGUUCGCACUUGAAGGCACAUAAGCGGACGCAUACGGGUGAAAAGCCGUACAUCUGCAGUUGGGCGGGCUGCGGCUGGCGGUUCGCCCGUUCCGACGAAUUGACAAGACAUACACGCAAACACACAGGCCAUAGACCGUUCACUUGUCCACUAUGUAGACGAGCAUUCGCUAGAUCUGACCAUUUGGGCUUACAUAUGCGUAGGCAUUGAUGCGCAUAUGCGUAGAUUCAAUAAUAAACAAGACAUACACAUAAAAAACAUACAUGACACAGGCCGUAGAACAUUUACUUGGCUAUUGUGAUAUUCGAUAAAUCUCAUCUGGACUUGCAUAUGCGUAGACAUUGAUGCGCAUAUGCGUAGAUUCAAUAAUAAACAAGACAUUCACACAAUAACACAUGCUAUAGACUAUAGACCAUUCACUUGUCCAUUAUGUAGACGGGCAUUCGCUAGAUCUGACCAUCUGGGCUUGCAUAUGCGUAGGCAUUGAUGCGCAUAUGCGUAGAUUCAAUCAUAAACAAGACAUACAUACAAACACACAGGUCAUAGACCGUUUACUUGUCCAUUAUGUAGACGAGCAUUCGCUAGAUCUGACCAUCUGGGCUUGCAUAUGCGUAAGCAUUGAUGCGCAUAUGCGUAGAUUCAAUAAUAAACAAGACACACACAAUCACACAUGCUAUAGACUAUAGACCAUUUACUUGUCUAUUAUGUAGACGGGCAUUCGCUAGAUCUGACCAUCUGGGCUUGCAUAUGCGUAGGCAUUGAUGCGCAUAUGCGUAGAUCAUAAACAUGUGUACAUCUUAAUCUAUACACAUGCGUACAUCGCGUAUUUUGAAGUUUAUUUUCGAUAUUUCUUCAUGAAUAUUUAGAAUACUACGGGCGGUCACAUGCGCAUGAGCGACAUUGACACAGUGUAUUAUUACUUACUGAAACUUUGAAAGUGUUCACAUUUAAUAUUGUUUAUUUCAUUAUUUUUAUAAUAUAAGUAACUAUUGUAAAAGUUGAUAUUAAUAAGGCCAGUAUAAAA